CUUGGCUGUGCCUUGGCUGUGGCGCGAUUGCUCCCGCUUUCCAUUCGCCGGCGCACCCAUCGCAUUAACCAAUCCUUGAACCAAUCCAUUCACUCAUCCCUGGCCAUGUCCGCAUCUGCGGCAUCAGCAGCGGGGGAUGAGCUGAAGAGGGGGCUGACGGGCAGCCUGUUCCGGCAGCUGGCGACCAUGGAGGGCAACAGCGCCUCGCUCGGCGGCGCCACCACAAUAUUUGAGGAGGCGCAGGUGAGCGAGGCCGACCUGCUGGCGGCCAGGCGGAUAUUCUUGGAGUUUGCUACCUUUGAAGAGGACGGUCAUGAGACUGGAGUGGAUGGCGGCAAGAGGGAGAGGGAGAGGGGGGAGAAGAUUCUCACGCUGGCCAACUUUGUCAAGAUGGCCAUCAAGUAGAAGAGGGCGAGCCCACCACAUGGAUGGAUGGAUGUUCCACCUUCUCUCUGUAUGUGAAUGUAUGUGUGUGUGUGGGUGCAGGUACCGUCUUUGUAGCUUGGCGGAGUGCGAGGCGUUCCACUACUGCAUGGGGCGGGAGACCGGCGGGCGUGUGGGGUGGGAGGCGUUCAGCCGGACGUGCGUGCUGGCCGACCCCCACACGUGCCACGUCCUCAACUCGGUCACCGGCAGACAGCGGUGCAGGGACAUCUUCCACUUCUAUGACGUCAACAGAAGGUCAUUAACCUCACCACACCACACAGAACACACUCUUUUUCUCUCUCCCAUUUCUCAUCCAGCGGUGCAUUGGAGUUCCACGAGUGGUGCCGCAUCGUCGCGGACGCCCUCCAAGUGCGCGACAACAAACCCCACCUACCGAUUGGCGACGGCGAGGAGGCUUCAUCCUCGGCAGGUGUAGAUGUAGAUGUGGACGUAGCUGACCUGAUGGAGGCCACGCGCGAGGCCAGGGAGGCGAGCGUGCAGCUGGGGCUGGAGUACGCGCGGAAAAUCAACAUCAAGGCCUUCCGCAACCAAGACGAUCCACACGUGAGAAAGGGGAAAGGGAUGUAUCAUGGCACAUCUCUCUCUCUCUCUCUCUCUGUGUGUGUGUGCGUGUGUGUGUGUGUGUGUGGAUCAGGGUCUCCCCCCUCCAUCCGCGGCGAUGGAUUUCGACCAGUUCAACAGCAUCGUCCGCAAGGAGCAGCUCCGCGGCAGCGCCAAGCUAUUCCGCUUCUACUCGUCCAUCAUGCACACAAACACCGCCACCGAUGGCAACAGCGGCACCAUUGACACCGGCCCCCCACCCAAACCCAGCACCACCACCCCUCCCAGGCUCACCUCGACCUUGUCGUUCGAGUCGUUGCGUCAGAUCCCGUCGAACCCCUCCAGUAGCAGCCACUCGGCCCUCACCACACACAGACGGGACGACCCUCCCCCUCUGCCCAUCGACACACAACAUGAGACUGAGGCCGUCGAAGGGACGGCGGGCGAUGGGAGGCAAGUGCGUGUGUUGUUCCCUCUGGCUGAGCUGGUGCGUCAUGAGGCUCUUGGGGCUGAGGAGGGGGGCGUGAUUGAGCUGGCGAGUAUUGGUGAGGGUGAGGGAGAGGUGAAUGAGAGCGGGCUGAGGGAGCUGCCACUGGGGCUCACAGAUGAGGAGGAGACGGCCAUCCUGCGGAUCAGAGAGCUCAUGGGCGGAGGUACGCCGGGCAGGCCAACCAGCACAGCCCACACGAUACCCCAACACACACCUCACAGAAACCAUCCUUUGUGUGUGCGUGUGUAUGGUCAGAUUCUCCGGCCUUCCGUCAUCUGCUGGGUCUCCCUCCGCCCUCUGGCGACCCCCUCACCGCCCCCAUGCAGCUCAUCCACACUACUGCAGACGGCGACUCCACCCCGCUGCCCUUCUACAUCCACCCCCCAGCCCACCUCCUCUCACACGCACCCCUCUCUCGCCAAUUCCCGCAAUGCCGGAGACCGAAAUCGCCCGACCACGGCAGGCAGAGACAGCCCGUGGACGCGUUCCUGUCGCUCUUUCCCUUCGCCGGCUUGCCUGCGCCGGAUGUCAUCCACGAGGCCCACAAGUGAGGCUGACUGUGGACCGAUGCAUUCAUCGUCACAGUGCAUAUGGCGGCUUGUGUGUGUUGUGUGUGUGCAGGGUGGCCCGUCGUGUGCUGUCGGAUGUCUUCACGGACACGACUGUCUUCAUCGGUCGGCUGGAGAAAGCGGCCUGGGGCGGCGGCGGCGGCGGCGGUGGUGAGGGGAAGGGCGGGAAGCGUUCCGGUGUGUCGGUGUGUUGCUCGAUGUUUCUGUGCACCCCUGCGGAGCUGGUGGGCGUGUUGGGUGCGGCGUGCAAGCUGAUGGAGGGGGAGGAGGUGGUCAAGAGGGUGAGUGUGGGGGCCAAGGCCAGUAGCAAAGCUGUCAAGGUCAUCGGCAGCAUCUAUGGACAGGUAAGCGCCGCGCCUUGGCCCCCAUAGAGUCAUCAUGCUCUUGUCAUCUUUGCCCUUGCUCAUUAGGUAGCGGACCUUCUCUCGAUGCUCGGCCCACCUGCCCUGCUGCCCACACCAGCAACACUCACACCCACCAUCACCAACACCAACACCAGCAGCAACAGCAGCAGCAAGCCGCCACCGUCCCCCUCUCUGCUGCGAGAUCUGGAGCAGGGCACGUGCAGCCUGGUGUUCCUGGGAGACUAUGCCGGCCGGGGCGGGUGGGGGCUGGAGUGUUUGGCCAUCGUGGCCGCACUCAAGGUGCGGUUCCCACAUUCGGUCGUCCUGCUGCGGGGCUCCUAUGACAACCGGGUGAGUGAGCGUGGGGGCUUUGCGUGGCGCAUGAGCGGCGGCAUUCUCAUGUGUGUGGGGGGGCGUGUGUGUGUGUGUUUGCAGGCUGCCAUGCAUCUCGUGGCGUUUCAGGACGAGUGUUCGCGUCGGUUCCCCUCGACAACGUUCCCGAGCUACCUGACCGUGAGCGACACGAGCCACCACAAAAUCGCACCCACAGACAGGAGCGUCCCCGACAUGACCUUUGAGCUCUUCGACCGGUCAGCAGAGCGGCCCCCUUUCCCCUCACCCCCAUCUGUAUGUCUCUCUCUCUCUCUCUCUGUCCCUCUGCGUGUGUGUGGAUGGCCAGGCUCUCCCUUGCAGCCGUGAUUGACGGCCAGAUCCUGCUCGGCAGCUUCGUUUCUCGGCUCCCCUCCCUCUAUCACCAGCAGCAGCAGCACCAGCAGCAGCAGACAUCGCUCCUGUCCUACCUGGCGACACACAAGAAGCCCCUGCGUCUGAUAGUGGGAACGGGAGCCGGGGUGGGGGCAGGUGGGCCGCCCUCAUUAUUCGUGUCUCUGGAAGCGCUGUUCCUGCCCCAAUGCAACAACAUGACGGAGGGCGUGGCGGCAUCGCUCGCAGUGGGGAGGCCCCCGGUGCUCACGCAGACACAGAUGCAGGACAACGAAGUGAGAUAACUGCGCACUAGGAAGGACGAGGCGACAUGCAUGUGUGUGUGUGUGUGUGUCUGUGUGUGUGUCAGAGUGUGUUUGAGGCGUUCAUGGCUCGUGAGAAGGUUAGCAUGAUGAUGGGCAGCGGGGUGGUGUCUCGGCGGGGGUGUGUGGUGGCGAGUGGGGGGCGGGUGCUCCUGCUGUGCUCGACGGUCAACUUCUGCGACUGUGUGGCAAACGAUGGGGCGUUCCUCACCAUUACCCGGUCGGUCAGCUACCCACGAAUGUGCCCCUCUCUCCAUCCGUCCACUUCUCUCUGUAUCUCUCGCUCUGUCAGCGAUGGCAGCGAUAUCAUCAUCCGCCCGCGCUCAUUCACAGCCCUCCCUCUGCCGACAUCGUCGCAGCAACACUCCCUCCCCCCCUGUCGGCCACCCACACCGCCAACGGCCCCCACCUCCAUGAAGCGCACACACACACGCAAGACCGCGAGAGACAAAGACAGGAUGGCCACGACCAAGAGCUACCGAGACCUCCGCACUGGUGCCACCACCACCACCACCACCACGAGCGUCACAGGUGCCACCAGCAGCAUCAACAGCAGACCGCCCCUCCCACCGCUGCCCCCAACGCAGAUAUCGCGGCGACUGAGAUGGCCCGCACAGAUCCGAGACGUCGACGCGUACCAGAUCUACGCCCACGCACAUGAGCACGACGAUGAGAAUGACGAGAUGGAGGGGAGGGAGGGUCUGGCUGCGUAUGGCGUGAUGCCGCCGAUCUGCGCCGCGAUGCGGUAUGAUGUGGCGGGGAGGGAGGGGGCGAUCCGGGUGGUGCUGGGGCUGCCACGGGCGGCGCUGGACGAGGUCAAGCCGUCGGUGCACCACCCCACACACAAUAAGACGUACGUGAGAGAAAAUGAGAGACUAACACACAUGGAUGGCUUGACGGAUGGAUGGAUGGAUGACCUCUUCUGUCAGCAACGAGGCGGCCUUCGGCGAGCUGGCAAUGUACCUCCCCUUCCCGGCCUACCACCUCACCCCUCCCGGCAUCUCCACCCUUCCCCAGCCGCACCAUCCCCCUCUCCCACCGCUGUCCAUCUCCGUCUCGCCGCCCCUUCCCCCAUCCACCCCCACCAAGGACACCUCAACAGGGGCCUCCGUCACGCGCCGGAGCAGCAAGUCGAGCAAAUCGACACAGAAGGGAAGCGCGCACAAGGGCAGCAAGAGGGAGAGCUUGGGCACCAAGCACCACCAGCAGCACCAGCAGCCCGGCACGGCCAGGAGGGUCCCCCGGGUAGCAGAUAGGGGCCGGGGGAGGGAGGCCGUCUGUGAGGAUAACAGCAGGCCGGCAGAGGUGCAUUUCUCGCCACCUCCCCCUCAGCUUAGGCCGAGGAGAGGUUUGUCUGUCGGCCCCACCGGCAGCACCGGCAUGAACGUCAUCCGCAAGGCAACGGCGGCUGCUGACGGUCAGUCCAUCCAUCCCCCACCCCCCCUCUCUGUGUGUGUGUCUGUAUGGCUGUCUGUCUCCUUUUCAGCAUUGGCCGCAGCAGCAGCAGGGGCACAGUCGACAAGGCGCCCUGUCCACGAGAGAGGAGGAGACAAGGGAGAGAAGCCCCGGGCCGUCAAGCAGCCAGAGCCGGGUGUAGCCAGUAGUGCAGCAGCAGCCAACGCAGCAGCAGGGGACAGCACUGAGGACAGUCAGGACGUGGUGAUGCGGUUCACGAUGGGGGCGGGACCCACGGAUGUCUUCAGAAAUACACAGGCGGCUUGGUGUGCUGAACCCCAUACCCGACACACACAUUGCUACAUGCACACAUGGCCCACUGCCUCUCUCUCUGUCUCUCCGUCUCUGCGUGUGUGUGUGUGGUUGUUGGUAGGGAUGAGAGCGGCCUGUCCCUCGAGCAGUGGCAUGACGCGCGCGCCGUUCACUACGAGCUCAUGUCGCACCAGAAGCGACACGACCCCCACGCCGCCCACACGAUCCACGCGCCACCCGUCAGCAUGACCAUGACGCCCAACAGACCGCACCAACUCCGGCCGCCGACAGUCAGUCAACACACAUAUACACGCCUUCCCGCCUCCCCCCUUCCCGUCCCCGUCAACACACUCUCUGUGUGUGCCUGUGUGUGCAGGGCAUGCUGUCCUUGCGUGGUGGGGAUGGUGAGAGUGGCGAGAGAGACCACCACCAUCAGCAGGGGCAGCAGCAGCAGCAGCCGCCUGUAGAGGUCGAGGGGUGGAGCAGGGCGACUUUCGCGCAGUGGGCCGCGUCGGUGGGCAUCCCCCGAGCAGAGCUGGACAAGUGGUUCAGGAUCUUUGACAAAGACGAAGGUCCGCCGGUGCCCCACCGCUCACACACACACACACACACACAUACACACACACACACAGAUGGAUGGAUGGAUGGAUGUGUGUGUGUAUGUGUGUAUCAGAUGGGCGAGUUGGCGAGGGAGACUUCCUGCAGGGGCUCUCGGUCACCUGGGGGCAGCGCCAUGACGGCAUGAUAGCGAGUAACUGUGUCAAGACAUCCAGAGUGCCCCUGAUGCGUGUCUGGCUGCAGGCAUGUUUCGGAAGCUGGCACUCUAUCGGUCCAUCGGGGGGGCGGCGCCCCACGGAACAACUGGUACAUAUGUACUAAUGGGGGUCAUCCGUCUGCUGUGUCUUGUGCGUGUGUACGUUGUGCGUGUGUGGGUGCGUGUGUGUGUGUGUGCAGUGAAGGCUGUCGAGGUGGCCCGGCUGGCAGAGGACGCUCUCCGGCUCUAUCACAUGACCACCGGGGUACGCAUUCAGGAUGCUGGGCAUCACACACAGACAGCUGGUCUCGUGUCUCCUCUCUCUCAGCACCAGCUGCCAAGAACAGUGGGCUACGAGCGCGUCCUCAACGAGCUUCUCGCCACCCCGACACAUCGGCCUCCCCCCUUCUCGCACACACAUACCCACACACAGCCGUCCCGCAUGAUCACAUACGGCGAGUUCCGCCAUGCCCUCGACGAGCUCACGCAAGAGCACGUGCCCUUCGACGUGCUCUUCAGGCUGCCACACCACAUCCACAUCCGCGGCAGGCAUGUGCCCUCGCCACCUGGGCUCAUCUGCGUGCCGCCCCCGCCCCCACCGGCGAAUCUGCCCCUCUCGGUGGUUUUUGGCGUGGGAGGGGGGAGGGGCGUGGGAGGGGGAGGGGGAGGGGGAAAUGGCGUUGGGGGUGGUGGGGUGAAUGUGUUUCAGAUAAGCGCGGCGGGGCGGAUGAUGUUCAAGGGGGGGCCGUAG